AAGUUGCCCAUUGCUGCUCAGCAAAGCUGCUGCUGCUCCUCUCUCUCUGAAUGAAGAUUGAGCUUCACCCCCAGACUGCAACUUCCUCCUCUGUCCAACAUCCGAUUUUAAGGGGAAGAUUUACACACAAAUCUCAACGAGAGUUUUAUCCUACCUGCAAGUUACAAAACUUGGGGAAACAAAAAUCUUGCCAUUCAGAGCAAGGUGGGACUGUGUGUCGAAGGGAUUUCAACUAAUCAUUGAACCUGGAGAGACCUCGGGAAGCCCGCGCCAUCGAGAAGCCAUGGAAAUGUGGGGAAUGUGGGAAGGGAUUUCGAGUCCCAUCGGAACUUGAGAUUCAUCGGCGCAGUCACACUGGGGAGAGGCCGUUCUCCUGUUCUGUGUGUGGGAAGAGAUUUAUUGCAUCCUCCAACCUGUUGAUGCACCAGCGGGUUCACACUGGCGAAAGGCCAUUCACCUGCUCCGAGUGUGGGAAAGGAUUCAGUCGGUCUUCCAGCCUGUUGACACACCGGCAAGUACACACUGGGGAGAGGCUGUACACUUGCGCUGCGUGUGGGAAGAGAUUCACUCAGUUAUCCAACCUCUUGUCACACCAGCGGGUUCACACGGGGGAGAGGCCAUUCACUUGCCCUGUGUGUCAGAAAGGUUUCACUCGGUCAUCCAACCUAUUAGCCCACCAGCGGCUUCACAAUGGAGAGAGGCUGCUUACCUGCUCCGAGUCUGCCAAGGGCUUCGCUGGGUCAUCCCAGCUGCAGGCGCGUCAUCGAGUUCACGCUGGGAAGAGAUCGUUUGCUUGCUCCGUGUGCGGGAAGGGAUUCACCAGGUCAUCCAAACUGCUGAGACACCAGCGGGUUCACACCGGGGAGAGGCCUUUCGCCUGCCCUAACUGUGGGAAGGGUUUCACCCAGUUAUCCCACCUGCAGACGCACCAGCGCGUUCACACCGGGGAGAAGCCUUUCAUCUGCUCCGAGUGCGGGAAGGGGUUCACCCAGUUAUCCCACCUGCAGACGCACCAGCGAGUUCACACCAGGGAGAGGCCGUUCGCUUGUUCCGAGUGCGGGAAGGGCUUCAGUCGAUUGUCGAACCUACGCACACACCAGCAGGUUCACAAAUAAUUGCACGGAGUGGAAUUCUGCUAUGAAUCACAUCCAGGACUGAACCGUGUUCAUUCAGAGAGUGGGAGGGAUGAAGGGUUACUUUCUGCUGGACCGGCCGCUCUCACCCACUUUUCUUCCACCGGGGUUGAUGUUUUUUGAGCCUGGGACUGCACAUUGACACUGAAAUGAUUCACAGAAGCUGAGGUAGUGCUUUAACGUAAUCCCGGAUGAUAAAUAGUGUUUGUCCUACCACUACACGUCGAUCUCAGAUAGAUACGUUAGUCUCUGCUCUGCUGAGUCUCCAGCACAUCACAUAAAAUCAUGAGGGGUAUAGAUAAGGUGAAUGGCAGGAGUCUUUUGCCUAGGGUGGGGGAUUUCAAGACCAGGGGCAUAUUUUUAAGGUGGGAGGAGAAUUAUUUUAAAAUAAUACACGAGGGACAAUUUUUUUUACUCAUAGGGUGGUUCGUUUGUGAAAUGAACUUCCAGACGAAGAGGUGAACGCGGGUACAGUUACUAUAUUUAAAAGACAUUUAGAUAAGUACGUGAGUAAGAAGUGCUUGGGGGGACAUGGGCCAAGUGCACGCAGGUGGGAUGAGUUUAGUUUGGGUUUAGGGUUGGCAUGGAUUGGUUGGACUGAAGGGUCUGUUUCCGUGCUGUAUGACUCUCAGAACCAGGCCAGUCAGCACAAUUGGUCUGUCUCAAUAUUUAUGCUCUGUUUGAACCUCCACGUACCCCUCUUCAUCUCCCUCAUCAGCAUGUCCUUCUAUUCUUCUUUUCCCUCAGGCCUGUAUCCAGCUUCCCCUUAAAUGUAUUCCUGCUGUUCGCCUCAACCACUUGCUAUGGGAACAAGUUCCAAUUCUGUACAAGUGGACGAAGAUUCCCCUCGAGCUGUUUUUCUGUGAAGAGCUGGAUCUCUGCCUAGCAUUUAAAAUAAAGACCAAACAUGUUCACACCUGAAAUUUUAAGGCAGUAUCGUUUCUUAGGUUACUUAGCAAUCAAGGUUCAAAUAGAAAUCAUAAGACCAUGAGACAUAGAAGCAGAAAUUAGGCCAUUCAGCCCAUCGAGUCAACUGUGCUGUUCAAUCAUGGCUGAUAAGUUUCUUAAUAUCUUUCUCCGGCUUUCUCCCCAUAACCCUUGACGAUCAAGAACCGUCUUAAACAUACUCAAUGACCUGGCCUCCACUGCCUUCAGUGGCAAUGAAUUCCACAGAUACGCCACUCUCUGGCUGAAAAGGUUUCUCCUUAUCUCAUUCUAAAAGGGUCUUCCCUUUACUCUAAGGCUGCGCCUCUGGUGUCCUAAUCUCCCAAUGUUUUCCCAACGUCCACUCUGUCCAGGCCAUUCAGUAUUCUGUAAGUUUCAGUUAGAUCCCCCUGCUUCAUUCAUCUAAACUCAAUUAAGUAUAGAUCCAGAGUCCUCAAACGAUUCUCAUAUGUUAAGCCUUUCAUUUCUCGGACCAUUCCUGUGAACUUCCUCUGGACCAGCGACUAGGGCCAGUACAGGUAUGGGGCCCAAAAUUGCUCACAAUACUCUAAAUGUGGUCUGACCAGAGCUUCAUAAAGCCUCAGAAGUACGUCCCUGCUUUUAUAUUCUAGUCCUCUCAAAAUAAAUGCCAACAUUGUGUUUGCCUUCCUAACUACCGACUCAACCUGCAAGUUUACGUUAAGAGAAUCCUGGGCUAGGAUUCCCGAGUCCCUUCGCACUUCAGAUUUCUGAAUUUUCUCCCCAUUUGGAAAAUAGUCUAUGCCUCUAUUCUUCCUACCAAAGUGCAUGACCUCAGACUUUUCCGCAUUGUAUUCCGUCAGUAUUGCAGUGUCAGUAUUACUAGAGCUCUAAUGCAUGUUUUUACAUUUGACUUGUAUUUUUAUAUUGUGUGUGUGUGUUUUACAGAGGUGGAAGUGUGGCUUUAUAUUAAAUUUUCAGGCUGUGAAAU